AGGGAUGCUCAAAAUCGACUAAUCGAUGAUCUUGCAAUGUGAUUCGUAGUCUUCACUGCCCAUACGAUACACCAGUGCCAGCUUAUUUCAGGCAGCCGGUUGUUUGCGUGGUGUUCGUGCUCCUCGUGCACACUCCAUGGAUUACUCUCAAUGCUCUGGUGUUUCUCUGGUAAGCAUCGAAAAGGGGAAGAGCCGAAAAGAGGGAAGAAGGACGGAAGAAGAACAAAAUAUGGCUUAGAGAGUCGAUCUGUGGUUCAGACCACUUAUUUUUUAGUUUUUCUAUGUGUUUUAAACAUUUUACAAAGUUUAUAAAUAGAUAGAGGCAUUAUUUUUACCUUAGUUAUUGAAUGUUAUCCGUUGAACCAGUUAAAAUGUUGAUAUUUAAUGCGGCAUUGGUGUUGAUCUGCUUGACAUCUGUUGUAACCUCUCUAAUUGUAGUCAAUGAGAGUUCAAAAGCAAAAGAAAAUCCACGAUCUACAUUAGCAGAUCCUUUAGAGGGGUCUAGAAAUACAACUGCAGCCCCUGCAACAUAUUCAUCUUCUCCUAGAUCUACUGGUGGCAAUCAACACGAAUAUGUGGUGCAAGACAGUAUUUCCCAACUGGUUAGUGCUAUAAGUAACCCAGCACCUUCCAAGGAGACUACUAUCGUAGCUGAAGGUGGUUCAUUUAUGACUGGCGAGAACCGAAUGUCAACUUCUGAAAAGAACACAAAAGGUGAAGAACCUGCAAAGUCGUCAAUAGUUCCACGAAAAGGAGUUUCAGAGAAUGAAACAUUGCCUGGAAUACAAGUUGAUAAUCAGGAGGAUUUGUCACGUCUUGAUAAGUCUGAAACAUCUGGCCAAAAUUUAUCACCUACAAGAGGAUUUAAUUCAACAAAUACUUCGACAAAAUUGCCUGUUAUAGCUAAGCCGACUACACUUCUGAUCGAUAAAAGUAAUCAUCCAGAAAGCAAAUUAAACUAUACCAAGCUGGAUUCUACCCAGUUCAAAAUAUCUGGUGAAAACAUAAGCAUGCCGCAAGUAACACAUAAGGCUAAACCAACCUAUACUAUUGGCGAGGGUGAUGAUGAUGAAGAUAUGCCUUCCACAGCUGAACAAAAGCCACAAAUUGGCGUGAUCAGAAAAAUUGAUUACAUAGUACCUAUUGCUAUCACCAUUAUGGCAGUUCCUUUAUUAGGCGUUGGCGUAUUUGUAUUGUACAGACAAGGGAGGGACUGUUGGGAUAAACGACAUUACAGGAGAAUGGAUUUCCUUAUUGAUGGAAUGUACAACGAUUAGGAGCAAAGUCGAACAUUUUACGGUAAUAUCAAUUUAAUUGACCAACAAUAACAAACAUAAUGAAACAGAAAACUUUUUUGCUUAUUUUGUAAAUUUGGGGUUUGGCGAUUGCCUCUGUUUAUUCUAAAACGUCAAAACUGAUAUUAGCUACAAUUCUAUAAACAUACAUGCGCUACGCGAAUAACUGUUCGCCUUUCAACAAGUGACAAAUUUCCCACUGGGGUAUAAUUGAAAUUACAACUGAAUAUUUUUUCACACGAUAAACACUGUAUAUUGAGUUUUGGGGGAGUAUUUUAAACACCACUGACAAAUUGAGACGUUCAAGAAUGAAGUUCGAUGUUGUAUGUAUAGGAUAAUAAUUGAAUAGUGAAAUAAUGAUGAAAAUGAUGAAAUGCAUUUGUUGAAAAAUCGGUGCAAAGUUUGAGAUUAUCAAUUGAGCAUCAAAAUAUCAAUUGAAGGAUGAGUCUUCGAUACUAUUUGAAACCAUGUUUAUGAAAUAAACCAUUAACUCAGUUUAAUAUUUCACAGUUAUUAUGCAAUACUGGACAAUAAAGCCCAUGAUACACAUACCUAUACUUGGAAAGAUAGUGUGUAAACGGCUAUAAAAUGAUGAAAAAUACUGAUGAAUAUUGUAUAUAUAUACAUAUAUGCGUAAUAGAAAUAUUUUCAAAUAAUUUUUAUAAAUAGAAAUGAAUAUACGAUACAUGUAGAUAAGAAUAUAAUGGCAACAUUAGAUUCUUUUGUUGUGAGUUCAUACUGAGAUCUUACUCUGAUCAAUUUCAAAUGAUUCUCAUGUAACAUUGUUUUGAGCAGGACUGUUGUCCUUCAAUUGCACAGAGGGGGAUGAAGAAGAUGACAUGUUCAAUAAAUUGGAAGACAGGACUAAUGUGGUACCUGUAUUACUCUUGUAUUUUCUCAAAAAACUGUAACAACAGUAAUUUCAUUCAAUUAGGUAUAUCAUCGUACAAGCUAAGGAAAAAACACCUUAGUGCAUUUAAAGGUUCAAACAUUGUCCCAAGAUAUGAAUAGAGAACCAAAGAAAUAUUUUACUGGGCGCAAUACUAUCUUCGAGUUGCGCAGGUUAACAGCUACAUCCCAUUUAACAAGUGCGUUCCUUAAGGAUUAUCGGUUGGAUGAUAUAUGUGAAUAUUGUACUCUUGAAGUCGUUGGCCGUUAUAAUUGUCAUUGUUCGUGAAAUUAGUAAAUGCUAAAUUCGACGUUAACGGUUUUUCGUUUUUUUACAAUUUGAUUUUUUAAAGUCUAUUUUUUAUUGGAAUAUAAGUAUCACUGAGCAAUAUAAUAGUGAUUAUUUUUAUACAUGCGUAGAGAGAUGUAAGAAUUAAAGUUGUUACUAAAUAUAAAUAAUAUUUUACUGACGAUAUCGAUGUUUAUUGUUAUAAUUUUUAUUACUUUUCAUGAUGACACGAUCGAAUAUCAUGAUUAACAUAGAAAGAAAAACUUGAAAUCCCACACGUGAGCCAGAAUGGUGUUUCCAAAGAUUUUAUUUAAAUCCAAACUUUUGAAAUGGGUAUGUAAACACAACGCAUUGGUAAGAUGUUAGAAUUACUGUAAGUUGCAAAUAUUCACAAUUUCGAAAUAAGAUCGUUGUGAACGAAUUCUAUCUAUACAAUAUUCAAUGCAAUAAUUUCUGAUACAAUAAUCCUAUCCAUCAAAGCGAAAUUAUUAUUUAGACAGAAGACUGGAAAAACCCUUGUGCUAAUUUAUUUCUCAAAACUUAGGAAUAAACGGGUCUUUAUCCUCACUAUCUUCCAGAGAGCAAUUUCUGACUAUUCCAAGGUUUCCUCAGAGUUCAUAUAUCCACAUGAUUACACAAAUUUCGAAACAUACGUAACACAUCUGUCUGUAUUUGAAUUUUUUCUACCUGACGAAGAUCCAAACUUACCAUACAUAUACACAUAAAAUAUUUGAUGAAGUAGGUCACUUGUACCAGUUGACGUAAUUCUGUAUUUUACGUUAUCCAUGGGAGGUUAAUCCCAUCUCUAAUUACAAUUUCGAGUGGUCCGCUUUGGCAAACAUUCGCUAUAAUAUGAAUAUCAGCUAUAUAUUGCAAGGCAACCCAAGACCUCUUUGAAUGACGUAACUUUUCAACUUUAUUUCUGUGUCAUUGUAGACUUACAACAGAUUAAAAAUUGGUACCAGAUAAAUUACUGUAACAGGAAUUAAAGAUUACAUGACAUUAAUUCAACUUCAUUUUUUGGGUGUCUUGACUCAAACGAAAGGUGGACAUACCUAUCGAACUAAAAUUUAUACAUGUUCCAAUUACAUUUACGACUAUGUGCAUUCACUGUGAAAUAUUAUUAACAUCGAGCCAUUCUGGUGGUUGGUGAUGAUCUAAUCAUUUUUUUUUUUGCUUAUUGAGAGCAAUAUUAUAUUACUUUUGAGAGUAGUGGAAAUAGCAGUACAGUUCUAUUGAGUUCUGAGAAAAAUGAAUAAUUUUUAAACUAAUGCUUGUUGGCUUAAGAAAAAAAACUCGCUGUUUGUACCUAUUGUUUGUACACAGCAGUAAAGGGGACAAUAACGUUCAAAGUUUAAUACAUUAUGUAAUCUUAUUGUUCCAUGAUCCGUCCAUACUCCAUUCAUUGCUUAUUAAAACAAAUAUUAGAAAAUACAAUGAAUUCAUAGAAAUC